AAUACAGCAAACAUGGUUGGAGUUUUGCAUUCAUCACCUCACACCAAUGGAGACCCAAAUGCCAUAGAAAAGAUGGAGAACCAAAAGACCUUAAUUUAUCCGAAAGGCUUCAACAUCACAUGGGGCAACGACAAUCGCUAUUGGCGCUUGCCUCCUCAAUCUCGAGCCCCGAUGAAGGACUCAGCUGCUGAGCUGCUGCAAGUGUCGUGGUUGGAGGUGACAUGCUCGACGGACAAUGUGGAGGUUGGAAAAAGCUACAAAGUUGGAUUCAAUCUGUCCAUGACGGCGGCGGCUUUUGGAUGGAAAGGGUGUAAUGUUUACAUAAUGGCCAAGAUUGGGAAGGCUGGAAUGUUCGUGCAUAAGAAGGUGUGCCUCGACACGAAAGAGAAGAACUUCGACAUGCCGGCGGAGGGUCUCAUAAUCACUGUGAAACCCCCGUCAAGCUCGCCGGGAGAUAGCCAUCUCUACUUCGGAAUGUAUGAGGUUUGGAGCGGGAGGUGGAAGGGAGGACUUAAGAUUCAUCAUGCAUUUGUGGAGAAGAUCAACUAGCUAAGCAUCACGUUAGAAUCAUGGAAUGUGACAGUCAUAUAUUGAACGGUUUGAAAUAAUUAGGUGUCAUAUUAUAAAUGCAUUAUUGACACAUGAUUUAGUCUUUGUAAAAUUUAUUAAUCGGGGAGUAUUGCUAAGAGAAAUUAUUAGUAUUUCUCUAUGUAUGAUCUAUACAAAUACACGUGGGCUCACUAGGCAAGCUCAUUGAUAUA